AUGGCGGACACCAUUUCACUUUCAUUAAAGAAGCAACAAGACACACUUAUCGAUAAAGUGGAUAAUGCCCAACGUGAGAUGAGAGGCCUGAAACAAGACAUAGUCGGCUGCAAAUCAGAUGUGUCAAAGCGCCAAGCAAAGAUGGCAGAACUUGAGGAUCGAGAAAGAUGCAAUAACAUUUGGAUUGUGGGUCUUGCACCGAACCGAGAGGGAGUCAUUCUGUUUCUCUUUUUCUGUGCAGGUUCCUAUAUGUUGGUGAAUUCAUCUCAGCACAGUGCAGGCCAGCAAGCUCAACUGUUGCUGCACACUCUAAGUGAAAAUGACACCCACUGUGUGCAGUUCAGCUACUUCUUGUAUAGCCGUGAUGGCCACAGUCCAGGCAGGCUCAGUGUCUAUGUGCAGGUGAAUGGUGGACCACAUGGAAACACAGUUUGGAACAUUUCUGGAUCACAAGGCUACCAGUGGCACCAGGUAGAACUGGCAGUUAGCACUUUCUGGCCCAGUGAGUACCAGAUCAUAUUUGAAGCUACCAUCUCUGCUGAGGAGAGAGGCUAUAUUGGCCUGGAUGACAUAGUCCUGCUAAACUACCCCUGUUAUAAGGUGCCACACUUCACCAGGCUCGGGGAUGUGGAGGUGAAUGCAGGGCAGAACGCGACCUUUCAGUGUGUGGCUAAUGGACAUGCAUCCAAGAUGGAUCCCUUCACCAUGGAGAGGCAUAAUGGUCUUCAAAUGGUACCAUAUUCACUCACAUCAUCAGUGGGUGAGCGUCGUUUGGCUGCAUGGUUUCAAAUAGAUGGAGCUCAACGGACCGAGCAGGAUCUUUAUCGCUGUAUCACACAAUCUUCCUACGGAGCUGCUGUAUCCAACUUUGCUGAACUCAUUGUCAGAGUCCCACCCACCCCAAUAGCCCCACCCCAACUGCUGCGGUCAGGCUCCACCUACCUCAUCAUUCAGCUCAACACAAACUCCAUAGUGGGAGAUGGACCAGUGAUUCGCCGGGAGAUAGUGUACAGAGCCAGCCAUUCUCCUUGGUCAGAGACUCAUGGCGUCAGCUCUCUCACCUACAAAGUUUGGCAUCUGGAACCAGACACUGAAUACCGUAUCAGCGUUCUCCUCACCCGACCUGGAGAGGGGGGAACUGGACCACCUGGACCACCUCUGAUCAGCAGAACUAAGUGUGCUGAGCCCAUGCGUCCACUCCGCGGUCUCACUGCGUCCGAGAUUCAGUCACGCCAGUUGGUACUACAGUGGGAGCCCCUCGGCUACAACCUGACACGAUGUCACACAUACUCCCUGUCGCUAUGCUACCGUUACUACACUGCAACAGGAAACGGUGCCAUCACCAAUAAUGCCACUGUGAGAGAGUGUUUGUCAGUGGAAAGGAAUAUGUCACACUUCACACUGCGAGACCUUCCCCCGUUCCGUCCUGUACACGUGCGGCUUGCGUUGGCCAACCCCGAAGGCAAGAAAGAGAGCCGAGAGGUCACAUUCCAGACGGAGGAGGACAGUGAGUACAUGAUUAUCUUCACGUAACAAAA